UCACUUGUAGAUGACCGCUUCGUACUCAAGGAGUUGCCCAAGUCCGAAAUACAACUCUUUCUCGAUUCUGCCCACAACUACUUCGACUACCUGCAGCGGUGUUUCGACUCGCGCCAGCCGACGCUGCUAGGUAAAAUUGUGGGCAUCUAUCAAAUUAUCUACAGGAACGUUACGACGAACGCAACUUUGCGCACCAACCUGCUCGUCAUGGAGAAUUUAUUUUACAAUCGGAAGGUGACGCAUAAGUUCGACUUGAAAGGUUCGAUGCGAAAUCGAUUGGUCAAUCCCGAUAAUCAGGAGGGAGAAAUCGUUCUUCUGGACGAAAACUUACUAAAAAUGUCGUGCGAGACUCCCCUGUAUAUUUUGCCGCAUUCCAAAGUAGUUUUAACCGCCGCGAUUCAUAAUGACACAGAAUUCUUAUCGGAGCAAUCCGUGAUGGAUUACUCCUUACUGGUGGGCUUAGAUUCCGACAAUAAAGAGCUUGUGCUUGGAAUAAUAGAUUAUAUUCGUACAUUCACAUGGGACAAAAAGUUGGAGACGAUGGUGAAGAAGUCGGGGCUUUUGGGAGGUCAAGGGAAGUUGCCGACUAUCAUUUCACCAAAGGAGUAUAGGAAACGGUUCAUUGAUGCGAUGCAUAGGUAUUUUUUAAUGGUGCCCGAUCACUGGGCUGGUUUGGGAAGAGGGCUCGAAUGUUAAUUUUUAGCUUUAGAUCAAUUUUUUAAAUGACAAAUUUUUACAGCGCAUGUACGUACUAGUUCCAAAGAAUACUUAGGUUUAUUGUAAAGAAAUUUAACUUAUCCUACUUUGUCAAAUGCUAAAAGUAGCAUGUUAGGUUUUGUAAGUGUAACAAAUGUUGAUAUAUAGUAAAGUGAAUGCAUUGAGAA